CCUUGAAAAUUCACUUAUAAAAGAUAUCUGAGUUUUACUAUUAAAGAUGUCACUCCCUUCAAGAUUUGUCUUGAAGGUGUUAAGUACCCAGAAAAUGCCAGCAAGAAUCAGUACAGAGAUGUGCUGAUUCAAGCAGACCCAAGAGGCAUGGUCAUCAAAUGCACAGAUUACAAGGGAUGUGUUAGGACUAAAACAAUGAUCAGAAAUAGCUUCUUCCAUAACAAAGAGUAUAAUGUAUCUCUCCCAAAGAGAAAGGAAAAUGAGAAGCCAGCAGUAGAGUUCUGUAUCCCUCCUGAUGUCCUCCUAGGAAUAAUUGGCUCUAUUACAACAGACGACAUCCUUCUUGAGUUUAGUUAUCCUGUAAAAGACUGCUUAAUGCAGUUGUUACUUAAAGAAGAACAUUUCUGUGGCGACACCAAUCAGAAAAUAAAGGGUUCCACAACAGUAGAUUUCGAAACUUAUAUCCCAGACGAAGGGAUGAAGCAAGAUUUUAGCAUUACCAAUGAGAAUUGUGUAGCUAACAUUUAUGCAUGCAUAAACAUUUUCAAGAAAGCACUUAAAGAACUUUCGUUCCUUGACGAGACAACACCAGUAACACUAAAGUUUAGUGUGGAAUACCCUCAUUUCCAGAUUGCCUACAACCAUAAUGCUUUGGAGGAUAACUACUUCGUCAUAAAGUUUGCAGCAGAUCCAGGAGAUGUCAGAUAUCAGAUCAAGUCAAACAUUUCUGCUAAUUACACAAUUGGCAGUCUUCGGUUGGCCUUUUCGAGAUACUCGAAAGAAGAUCUCUCUUGUGCCUUGCUCAUCAGCAAUGAAGGCUUCCUCUGUAUCAAGAUAGUGCAGGAAAAUCGUGAUGUAUAUAUCGAAACCAUUGUUUCCAAUAUUGAUGAAGGUGCCGAACUUGAAAUGAGCCAAUAA